CAGAGAGUGGGAAUUGUCGAAAUAGAUAGAGAAAAAGUAAAGAAAGAGCGAGAAAAAGAAAAUCAUAAAGAUAGUAGAGAGGGGGAGAAGGUUUCCUCGUAAACCAGUGUUGCAGCUGUUUACCCAUAAUCCACCAUGUAAACAUUAAAUAUGGCAGCUUCCAGGGCUGUUUUAAAGUGCAGUAGUUGUACCGGUCUUUCCAGGAAUACAUACUUAAUAAUGUGCCAAGGUUCUACACCGUAAUUACAUUGUAGUCAUCUGUUAGAUAUUGUUUUUCACAGUGAGUCUAGUAAAGUGUGCUUUAUAUUGGUGUGAGUCCUAUUAUUUGCCUGUAGAAUGAGCCAUCGAGCGAGAGAGACACCUCAGUAGCGGUAUGUUGACAUGUACAACAACAUAAUCCAGUCCCCCGUCUCUUUGCUUCCACUAAAUAUUAUUAUAUCCAUCGCUUUACACACUCGGAAAAUCACCCUACCAUAUCUUUACUAAUCAUUGGACGUUACCCUGCUGGUAUCUGAUCUACCCGAAAGUAACCAAGAUAAAGCCUUUACCAGAGACAAUUCCCAGUUCUCUCUACAUAUUAUAGUUGGGUUUUCAGCACCAGAGAAUCCCUCAAUGACGCAUCUAGCCAUUACCGCUGCUUCUGCCUUGUUCCAUUCCAAAAUAAAUUCUGCCAGACACGUGUGUCUUCACUGUGGGUUUCAAACUACCCCCAGUUCCAGUUUGCAUCACCAGCAGCAAGAUGGGCACUUGUUUAUGCAAGGAUAGGUCACAACAGCCCAGGCAUUCAACAUCAACAACCACAACUACCACGACGACGACGACGGUAACAACAACAGCAACACCGGCACUGACAUCUGGAGCUGGAUUUGAAGGUUAUGGACACAGUACAAAUUCUGUUCGUGCGUCACCGGCUUUAGUAACGAAUCGAAAUGAGUUGGCAGCGACUUCGGUGCGGCGUAACUAUGAUGACGUCAGUGAGCUGAUGGUCAGUGAGAUGUUACAUCAUGGAGGACGUUACAUGGAGAAUCAGGGCUUACUCUUGUAUUCUGUUGGAGAUAUUGACUCUUUGGUAUUGGAGGCUCUUACACUACUCAGAACACUAGUAGACAAUGACCAAGAACCUCCUCAGUCAAUGUUAUACAUACCUAAGAUUGCUGAGGGGGAAAAGGGUUGGCUUGUAGUCGUCACUUCUCUCAUACAGUCCAUUCCUCUUGAUGAUCCACUAGGGGCUGCAGUCAUCACAUUAUUACUUGACCAAUGUCCACUGCCUUCAAAAAUUACAACUUUGAAGCUGACCAAACUUCUGAAACUUUCGAAAGAUGGGUGUGAUGAGAAUUUCAGGAGUGCCCAAGCACAACGUAACCUUUGUAUCAUAUUAGGGUGUUUGGCGGAAAAAAUGGCUGGACCAAGUAGUAUUUCAUUAUUGACCCCAGAUGUUUUAGACUAUUUAAUUUCAAAUAUGAAGCACUCCGAUUCCCCUGUUGUCAUACUUCAUUCCAUUAUAGCCAUGGAGAAAUUUGCAGAAACUAGUGAAAACAAAAUCACUAUAAACAAAGUGCUCCAAUCAGAUCCAAAGAAUUUAUUGAUUUCUUUAGAGAAAUGGUACCGCUGUCCUCAAGCAGAAAAACGGGAAGUUGGCUUUUGUGCACAGUGGUUAUUAGAUAAUCUUUUCAUUGUAGAGGGUCGAAAGUUCACCUACGAAAGUGUAAAUGUGGAUGGAUUAAAUGUAAUGUUAAACAGUAAUGAUGUUAGUGAAUAUUUAAAGAUAUCUGCAGAUGGCCUUGAGGCCAGGUGUGAUGCAUCAUCAUUCGAAAGUGUGCGCUGCACAUUCCAGGUGAACUCAGGUGUGUGGUAUUAUGAGGUAACCAUAGUAACGGCUGGCGUUAUGCAAAUUGGUUGGGCCACAAAGAAUAGCAAGUUUUUAAAUCACGAUGGUUAUGGCAUUGGUGAUGAUGAAUAUUCCAUGGCUUACGAUGGAUGCCGUCAACUUAUUUGGUAUAAUGCUCACAGUCGACCGCAUAAACAUCCCUGCUGGAAGGCUGGAGAUGUCCUUGGUCUUCUGUUGGAGGUUGACAAACAACAGUUAGUGUUUCUACUAAAUGGUAACAGCCUUCCGCCUAACAAGGAACUCUUCACUCAUGCUAAAUCUGGUUUCUUUGCGGCUGCCAGUUUUAUGUCCUAUCAGCAAUGUGAGUUCAACUUUGGUGCCAAACCAUUCCGAUAUCCGCCCAAGGUAGCAUUCAAAAAGUUUAAUGACUAUGGCAAACUUUCAUCAGAUGAGAAAGUUAUUUUACCAAGAUACAGAAAGAUGGCUCUCUUACAGAAGAAGACUCUGUUGGAGGGAUCUUGCACGCUCUGCUGUGAUAAACAAGCUAGUAUGGUGCUGUUGCCAUGCCAGCACAAAGGAUUCUGCGAUACUUGUGCACUUCAGUUGGAACGAUGUCCGAUGUGUCGAGACCCUAUACAAGAAAGGAAGUUAGAUCCAGAGGAGAACACGAACACAUUGUGUGUAUAAAUAAUAAUAAUGGGAGGGGGUAGGGGAAUCGUAAUGGAAAUGGCCA